AUGGCGAUCGAGACCGGAGCGGUCAUUCAGAGUACGCACGUGUCAAGUGGCUACUCGUUCCGAGCGCUCGUGGACCGCGACAAGUCCUCUCAAUCGCUAAUACUGUGUCUAUGCAGCACGGAGAGGCCGUACGAGAAGCUGAAAGUGGCUCUGACUGGUCAGGUGAGCUGGUCGCCAGCGGCUGCCAAGUUCGCUAUGUUCCAAGUGGAACUUGAAGCCGAUCGAGACUCAAACGGACGCGCUAACGACGUCGUUGUCGUUCAUUUCAAAGCGCUCGCGCAUCAGAAGAAAGUCAGUCGCUCCUCCUCGCAGUCGAUGGGGUGGUACUUGGGGGCGACAAAGAUGGGACUGAUCGGAGACGCAGGUAGAGGACGCGACAGUGUGUUCCACGUCACAGUCGUAUCCACUCGCGCAGCUUUUGUCAUGGACACUACGCGCUCGUUGGUCGCAUUCUCGUCGACGCACGUGUCGAUACUGCGCGAAUCCCAGCGACGCUCGUUCAUGGAAAAUGGGUACCUCCAGAUCCGGGGCGCUGUUGCACUGCCUUUGGUCAACGCAGCAUUGCAGCGCAUAAACCAUGAUCUUGGUCUCCCUCGACGGCUCAUUGACGGUGGGGUCGAAGGUAGCGUCAAGCUGGCUGGGAACACGUCCAACAGCGGGGCGAUUCUGGAUCUCUACUACCUCUCGGAUGUCUGCAAGUACGUGGAAGCUCUUGUGGGCGCUGGCCAAGUGGUGGCUCCUCAAGGAGCACAGAUUGCGUUGCGGUUUCCCGACCUCGGCGAGCCGCGAGAACCGCUGGGCACAGAGUGGCAUACGGAUGGCUUGCGGCAGGGCCGGCGCCACCCGUUCAGUUUACUGGCGGGUGUUGCAUUGUCCAACGUUGCAGAGCCGCUCUGUGGGAACUUUACUGUCUUUUCGGGAUCGCACGCGCUCCUCCACGACCGUCUUGCUGGCAACGGCAAGCUCGAUGAUCAUGACGGUGCGUGCUACAAAGCAGACAAUGUGUGGGGAGACGGCACGCUGCCCGAUUUGGGCACACCAGUACAACUCCUUGCUGCACGGGGUGAUUUGGUGCUGGCCCACCCCGAUCUCGCCCAUCGAGGGGGUCUCAACUUCUCGCCGGACAUCCGGUACCAAGUCUACUUCCGGAUCAAGCACAAGUUGCUGGAGGCUUUGCAGGAAGAGUGCGCCUCUGACUUGUGGGCGGAUUUGGAAGGACUGAGCGUAGACAAACAGAGUUCUAUUGACUGA